AUAUAUGAAUUAAACGGCAUGACAAUGUUUAAAAAGAGGUAAAUGUGGUAAAAUAUGUAAUCACAAUGUGAUCCCGAGAGACAUAGUUUUGUUUACAUCCACGCUGUUGUGGGCGAGUAACGGGAGUGACAGUGCUGACAGAGAGAUCUCUAUUCAUAAGAUUCCUUAUGUCUCUUGUGACUCAUUGAUCAUUCAUAUAUCAAUAUAACACUAAUAUGGCUGUGGAUAUAUUACACACGAGAAAUUUCUUCCUUCGCUGCAUGUGUGGGAUCUACAUGUUCGCCUUCGGGUCCUUGUAUCUGCAGGUCCCAGGUUUAUAUGGAGAAAAGGGAAUAUUACCUGCCCACACUCAGCUGCCAAACCUCAAAUAUCCAAAACAGUGUUUUUUUGAUAAGUUGACGAUCCUGUGCUUCUCAUCUUAUGUUGGCCUUAAUGUGUCCUACAUGAUGGAGCUGCUCACCCUUGCUGGGACUGUACUUAGCUUUGUUGGGAUGGUGUGGAAGUCAUGGUGUACAGCUACCCUAUACCUGUUGUUGUGGGGGACAUACCUCUCCCUCUACCAGGUGGGGCAGACCUUCUUGUGGUUCCAGUGGGAUAUACUGCUACUGGAGAUUGGAUUCCUCACCAUAUUAGUAGCUCCAGUGAGUCGCCGUGGCUGGUCUGAAUAUCGUCCCAGAAACCUGGUGACAAUGUGGUUGAUACGUUGGGCACUCUUCAGACUCAUGUUUGCCUCAGGGGUCGUCAAACUCCGGAGUGGCUGUCCAACUUGGUGGGGCUUGACGGCACUGCCUCUCCACUAUGAGUCCCAGUGUAUCCCAACCGCAUUGGCGUGGUUCUUCUACCAGCUGCCGGGUUGGUGGCACAAGCUGUGUGUAGUUGCCACUUUCAUCAUUGAGAUCCCCGUGCCAUUCAUGUUCUUCAGCCCUGUACGCUCUCACAGGAUAUUUGCUUGUUACAGUCAGAUAUUUUUACAAAUCCUGAUCAUCUUUACGGGGAAUUACAAUUUCUUCAACUUACUGACUAUCACUAUGUGUUUGUCAUUGAUGGAUGAUGUACAUCUCUGCUAUCAGCAUGUGAAAGAUCUGUCGUUUGGGUUCAUAUCGUAUGUGAAGAAUACGUGCAGCUGGAUGGGCAAAUGGGUUGGCUAUGGGGUGUUAGCUUACUACACCAUGGCUUAUUUCUCUCUACGACUCACACCACAGGGAACCAUCGAGUCCAGUGUUGGAUUUAAUCAAGAGGAGUUUGAUGCAUGGUUGUCUCGGGCUGUUCCCCUCAGUAUAGCUAUUGGAGCUUUCUCUCUGGUUAUCACAGUGGCAGAAGCUCUCACAUCAGCAAUGUUUGAAGUUCGUGGCUGUCUUGACAAAUUUGGGGUCUUCAGCACAACGCUCAUCUAUUCAGUUGCUGCCAUCACCAUGUUUGGAAUUAGCUUGGUUCCAUACACAGUUUUAGACAGACCAACAAACCAGCGUGUUUGGCCUGUGUUUCAGCAUUUGUAUGAGCAUAGUUCAGACUUGCAAUUGACUUCCGCAUAUGGACUGUUCCGUCGUAUGACUGGGGUAGAUGGAAGACCAGAAGUGGUGUUGGAGGGGGCAAAAAGCAUUGAUGGACCUUGGAUUGAAUAUGAGUUUCCCUAUAAGCCAGGAUCCCCAGACCGUGGACCUCCUUUCGUAGCUCCUCAUCAGCCUCGUGUGGACUGGCAGUUAUGGUUUGCUGCACUUGGAACAUACAAUCAGAAUCCUUGGCUCAUCUCCCUUGCCCACCGCCUUCUCUCUGGUCAACCUGAAGUCAUUGCCCUGCUAGACCCUUCUUCUGCAUGGAGAAAAUCGCCACCCAAGUAUAUUAAAGCUUCUAAGUACACAUAUCAGUUUACAAAUACUGCUGAAGGAGAAUCAGGAGUAUGGUGGAAACGCAAACUAGAAACCGAUUACCUUCCCAUUUUUACUGUGGACCAUGCACCCCUGGUAGAAUACUUACGCAAGAUUGGAACUAUUGGUACCAUGGAUAUACCAGCCACUAAUCAACCUCUGCAGCAAGGAUUGGACUCAAUACGGAGUUUUGUGAACACUGUUGAUCCAGCGCUUAUUGUAUGGGGUUUGUUUUUGACUGCCUGUGCCAUCAUCUGGGCAAAAGGAAGCACAAAGCCUAUUGUGUCAUAUACCACUUCUAAACAAAAGGGGGGGAGAUGUUGAACACUUAACAUAUACUGUUGUAACAUAUCUAAACGAUUGUAUACAGUACUUGGAAUAAUGCUGAAAACAUCUUUUAAAAAAGAAGUUAGAUUGUUGUUAUUUAUACUGAAUGUUACACCAGUCUCAGUGCUAUCAUCUUGAAUUAAUUUGUGAUAGAUGUAAGAAAUUUUCUAGUAUAUAAGUUUCAGGUUUUGGUUUAGUGUGUGUGCUUUAAUGCCCCACAGCUUAACCCCCCUUUUUCAUAAUGCUAGAAGCCAACACUUGAAGAAGUUUAGAAAAUUAAAACAAUAAAAUAAACAAAUAAAUAAAUAAAAAUAACAGGAGAUAAGUAGUUCAGGUGUUCAAGUUUUCCAUGUUCAGUUAUUAGUAAAGACCAUGCACCAUCAAGUAAUGAGGCACAUCAACAAAUUUUGCAACACUGCAGAUUUCUACAGUCUUCUUAUGCUUGCAAUAUGAAGUAGAUUUAUGGGAAAGAAUAAAGAUUUGCUGGAAAGAUACAUAUUUGUGAAUAAAG